AAGUGAGUCCAAAAUGAUUCGAAGACGUCAUUCAACAACUCGUAUUGAUCGUCGUCCAGAUGGUCUCACAAUCUAUUACAAGCGAGCCAAUGAUGAUAUGGAAGAGGAAAUGUUGAGAGUUUCAGUAAAACCUGAAGGAAAGAAUAUUAAUGAUUCACUUCGUUCAUCUAAAUCAUCUUCGUCUCCUCCAUCAAGAAACUCAUCUCUGAAUCUCAAAACUCUCAAAAAAGAUCGCAAAUCAAAAGAAGGCAAACCGAAGUCAUCAUCGAAACAUGGAAAACGAAUGACGUCACGUGCAAUCCACGUAUCAAAGAAAUGGAGUCAAUUCAACAGACGUGAAGACAAAACUGACUAUUUGGAUGAUGAAACAAUGCAGAUUUUGGAGGAUUUGAAGAUUUUAAACUGUAAAAUUAGAAAACGAUUCCAAAUUGGAACCACGUGUCCGCACAGUUUGGCAAAGACCGACAUUUUAUCGUCUUCACAAUCUUCCAAAUCGCAAAAAUCAUCGACAACCACAAGUUCACCUGUUCUGACGGCCGUUGCUUAUGAUUAUCGGGGAAUCCCAUUGACUGCUCCGACCGUAUUCCCUGGUGCUCGAUCGGAGAAAACUAGAGAAACGACAAGAAAAGCUGCUCGUGCGUUUGCUAGAAUGGAAAAAGAGAGAGAAGAUGCUAAUAAUUCUUCUUCAAGAUCAAGAAAAACAUAUCAAAGUAGAAGCCCGACUGGAUCUGAAGAUUCUUCUCCAGUUAUCAAAUUGACACGUGUCAGUUCUGGAACUCGUUUCCCUGGAGCUUCAUCUCCAGGAACUCGUGAGAGAAGUCGGUUGAUGUUGAAGCAAUGUGCUAUGAAAAAGCAACUUGAUGAAAUUGCAAGAUCUUUGAAAAGCUCGAAGAAAAGUAGAAAAAGUAUGAAGAGUAAGAAGGAAAAGAAGUCAAAGCCGGCUAGUUUGAAGACCAUCUAUUCAAAAAUGUAA